CUAAUCAACUUUGUUGUGGUUCUAAGAAGCUCUGUAUGAGAGAAAAGGAUAAGUAGAGAGAGAGAGAGAUAGAGAGAGAGAGAGGUGGUGUGCACAUAUACAACUUUAACUGUAGGAAGAGAUAAUUAAAGAGUAGUCAUGGUUGCCCUUUCUCCAAUAAGGCUUCAAAAGGCUCUGCAGUCUGUAGCUCAGAGCAUACAGUGGACUUACAGCCUCUUCUGGAAUCCAUGCCCACAACAAGGGGUUCUGGUGUGGGGGGACGGGUACUACAACGGCGCGAUAAAGACGCGGAAGACGGUGCAGCCGGCAGAGGUGAGCGCGGAGGAGGUGACGCUGCAGCGGAGCCAGCAGCUGCGGGAGCUCUACGAGUCGCUGUCGGCCGGGGAGGCCAGCCAGCAACAGCAGCAGCAGCUGCAGCUCGCGCGCCGACCGAGCGCCGCCCUCUCCCCAGAGGACCUCACUGAGUCCGAGUGGUUCUACCUCAUGUGCAUCUCCUUCUCCUUCCCUCCCGGAUCCGGGUUACCAGGAAAGGCGUUUGCGCGGCGCCGACACGUGUGGCUAACACGUGCUAAUGAAGCUGAUAGCAAAGUGUUCUCAAGAGCUAUUCUUGCUAAGAGUGCUCAGAUACAGACAGUUGUAUGCAUUCCCCUGAUGGAUGGUGUUCUUGAACUUGGAACUACAGAGAUGGUUGAAGAGGACACAGGACUUAUUAAACAUGCAAAGAGCUUCUUCGCGGAGCAUCACGAGAUCCAAUCCAUGCCCGCGCUUUCGGAGCAAUCGACCUCGAACCCCGCGAAGUACAAUGAGCCACCAUCAUUCCAAGUAGGCGUGACCAUGCAUCGAAUGCACGCAGAACCGACAGAAUCAGACCGACAGAACGAUGAGGAUGAUGACGAGGAGGACGACGAUCACGACGAUGAUGACGACGAAGAAGAUGAAAUAGAGGGCGGUUCGGGCUCGGAAGUCGGCACUUUGAAGUGCAGCCACAUGAUCACACCCACUUUGACAAGAAUUGAGGGGGCAACAACUCCGAAUGCCGAGCAUGAUGAGUUGAUGCAGCUUGGUUUGUCGCAGAAUGUUAGGUUGGGGUCUCCUGAUGAUUGCUCAAAUAACUUGAACACUCAGCUACAAAUGGUCGGAGUUUGCUGCAACACUAGCGGAGUAUCUAAUCACCAGAGAGAGGAUGAAACAUAUCAUUGUUGGAAUUUUCUUCAUGAAGACAUUUGUAGUGAGCUUCAACAACAAUCCUCAGUGCAAGCUCAAGAGCUGUCACAAGAGGAUGCUCAUUACUCGGAAACAGUUACAACUAUACUUCGACACAACUCGAGCCGAGGAGACGAAUCGAAGUCCAAUGAUUACUUUGUUCCCUCGCGCCAAACGGCAUUCGCCGGAUGGAAUUCUACUAGAGAUCAUCCUCAAAUUGUGCUCUCCGAAGGAACUUCGCAAUGGCUACUUAAAACUAUGUUGUUUCGUGUUCCGACUCUUCACUGCAGGUACAAAGAUGAGAACUCACCUCCAUCUAUAGAAGGGGAAGGCGGCGGGAGUCGGUCCCGAAAAGGAGCAGCGCAAGAAGAGCCAAGCGCCAACCACGUGCUUGCGGAGCGCCGGAGAAGAGAAAAGCUUAACGAGCGGUUCAUCGUUCUUCGCUCGUUGGUUCCGUUCGUGACGAAGAUGGACAAGGCAUCGAUUUUGGGCGACGCAAUAGAGUACGUGAAGCAGCUCCGAAAGCGGAUCCAAGAUCUCGAGUCAAGAAACAGGCAGAUGGAAAGCCUGACGAAAACAGCAGAACUUCAAAGGCCAGGCAGCUCGAAGGACCCAAAUGUGCCACGAGGCAGCGGAUCCCCGCAGGGGAGCGGAGUGGAUCACGUCGCGACCAGCCAACUGAAAGCCUUUUCGUCAGACAAGAGGAAGAUCAGGGUACUAGAAGGGACCAGGGUCGUGGAUGCUCCGAGCACUAAUGUGCAGGUCUCGAUCAUCGAAGCCGACGCUCUCCUCGAGAUGCAAUGCCCUUACAAAGAAGGCCUGCUUCUGAAGAUCAUGCAGACAAUUCACGAGCUUCGGCUCGAGAUCAUGUCGAUUCAGUCGUCCUCGGUUAACGGCACGCUUUUCGCGGAGUUGCGUGCAAAGCGCAUUCGAAUCUCUACAGGUGAAGGAGAUGAAUGGAAAGAGAGCUAGCAUUCUUGAAGUGAAAAAGGCGAUAUAUAGAGUGUUCUCAAACAGUUAAAUUUGGAGUACAUUUUGACCAAAUAUGAGAAUUUUACACACUUGGACAUACCAUGAAGCUUCAAACACUGACACCUCCAUUCCUUGACAUCUAAUGUAAAUAACAAGUGUAAGAAUCAUGUAUCAUAUUGAACUUAAACAUAUAUGUCAUACCUACAAAAUAUGCUUCUUUUCUAAUUAAUAAUACUACACAUGCUUUUGUUAGGAAGAAAGAAAGCGAAUACAUAUCUGGUUUAAUACUA